UCUAUAUUUAUUUUACAAAAAAUGAUAGAAAAGAUGUAAUACAAAUUCAUGAAAAUCUAUAUCAAUUUAAGAAAAGUUAUGAUCGAAUUUCAUAAUUCAAUGUAUAUAAAUUUUCACAAUCCAAGUAACUUUUUUAAAUCUAUCAAUUCUCAAAAUUCACAAAUUCUACACAAAUUCAUCUCCCAAUAAUUUUUACGUAUUUUUUAUCCAAAAAAAAAAGAUAAUUUUUACGUACCAGCGAAACUGUAAAAGGUUAAAAACAAAGUGUCAACUGGUACAUUAAUCUUCUUCGGUGUAUAUACUACCCUAUAUAAUCGACUAUACAAAUUACAGAGUUUGGUAUAGGGUUUCGGUCUGUGGAUUGAAAUCAGAAACUAAAUGAUCCCAUAUAACUUUUUAUUCCAAACCUUUGUUACCACUAUAAACAUCAUAUCCCACGAACCAGUGGUACGUUCGGAUUCAAUUUCCUUGAAAGAAAUUAUUUACAUUCUCAUAAAGAAAUUAUUUUAUGAGAAUCACAUUAAUCACCUUUUGUUAGUACAUAUUUUGAUAUGAGAAUUUCGGUUCUCUAAAAGAGUUCAAUUUGUUUUUCACAUAAUGUUACAGCUAAGAUGCUUUUGUCAUUUAACAUUUACCAAAAAAAAAAUAUUUUUUCCCAAAAAGUUGUGGUAAAUUAUUUGUCUCUCAAUUUUAUACCUAUCAAACUAAAUUUUUCUUUAAAUUAUUAACAAGGGGAUCUCACUCUAUUCUUCUAAACUACUUUUAUGGACAAAAGAAUUUAUGAAAAAAAGUUUUCUCUCUAAUUUUUUGUUUGCUAACCGAGUAUCCUGGCCCAACCGAGAUGGUCCAGACUAGAGACCGAAGUGAGCAUGGACGCUGCCAAGGCGUCAUCAUGUGGCUCACCGUGUAACGUUCUUCGGUCUCGGGUGCUGCAGCCCACAUGUAAAUUUCGCAAUGGCCAAGACUCGAACCCAGGGACGAGCACUCCAGCUGGAGCUCCUAUACCACUAGACCAAAGCAACUUGGUUUUCCUCUCUAAUUUUGAUGAAAAAUAAACAAAAGUUCAUAUUUUUUAUCUUGUAUUUAAUUUCUCGAAUGAAAUUUUGUUUAUUUUUUCCGUUCGAUCAACCAAUCAAAAGCCGUAGUGGACUUAGGAUAUUUGACUUUAACUUGUACCUAUUGUAUUUUUGAGCACUAUACGAUUAGCCAAUAACGCGUUUCAUAAUCAUAAUCUAUUAUAUAAUAGGAGAGUUUCUCUCCCAUGAGGCGACAUGUCGACAAUAGGUCCCACGUUUUUUAUUUUUUUUUUACGCUGACGAGUGGGUUUUCGGACAGUGGGCCUCACGUGUUUUAUUUUUCUCGUGGUCUGUUUUGUUUUUAUCAGGAUUUUCAGUUGUUAUUGGUUGGGCCGUCUCUGACUUCUUUCGCGACUCCUAGGGUUUCAUUUUACUUCCAGAUUGUUCUUCGACACAGAGACGCUUCCUCAUCUGACGAUACGAGUUCCGUCACUCAUCUCAUUGACGCACACUUACACCGCCGCUGAUACGAUUUGGCUUCUUCUAACGCUUCUCCAGUCUCCAUUAUAUAGGGGCUUCUAAGGUUAGCUCUCGGUUGCUCUUAACUUUUCUUUCUACUUUUUCUCCCUGCUUAGCUCUGUAACGCCCGCUCCGAAAAUGACUUCUGCAGUUUCUCCAGUCGCUAACGCCGUCGUCGCCCACUCCACUUUCAACUCUCUCCGCCUCGGAAGAACUUCUCAGUUCGUUGUUGGUCGUCUCAUUCGCUUCUGGGAUUCCCGUAACAUCAAGAAGAAUGGAGAGUUCAUGGGGAUCACGAUUCUCCUCCUCGAUGAACUGGACUCGGUUAUUCACGGGUUCAUUCCCGCUAAUCGAGCGAGUCACGACCGUCCUGAUCUGAAGUCCGGUUCUAUAGUAAAAGUGGAUCGUUUUGAAGUUGCAAGGUGCGCUUCCACGUACAAGAUCACGGAGCAUCAGUUCGUGAUCCGUUUCACCCCUUCCACGCGUAUCUGUGAGGUCCUCACUGACGCGCCUGUGAUCAACUCUGAAAGAUUCAUGGUGCGGCGCUACGACCACGUCCCUUUCCAGUUUUCACAUUUACAUAAUUAAUGACUUUACAAGUUUGACGUAUGCAGUGUUCAUAUCAAAUAUUUUGGCGGUGAAUAGAUAUAUUUGUAACCUAUUCGUGAAGCAGUACGGAUCGAGUAUUUUUGAUUAAUAAACUAAUUAAGAUCCGUCAAAGAUUAUGUAUCCGAUCAUAUAUGUAUAUCGUGCGAGUCUUUGCUUAGAUCCCGCGUUGUCCAUUAAUGCCCUGAGAAGCGUUGAAUGUCUUGGUCAAUAAAUGUAUACAUCUUUCAUGCACGUGAGUGUAUUAUACUUUACAGUAAAAGUGAACGGGAAUUCUCCUUGACUGACAUAUAAAUUUCACAACAACUAGACAUAAUAAGACCAUGAUUAACCCAAAAUUCUUAGAUUGGAGUUUUUAACGGAAGUUAAAAAAUUAUUUCUUAACUUUUAAAUAAAAACUUUAAGAACCGGUUCUUAGCUUUUUUAGUUAAAAGUUAAGAAACAGUUUUUUAACUUCCGUUAAAAACAAUUAUUUGCUGCCUUACACAAAAAAAAAAAAACUUCCAUUAAAAACCUCAUUCUAAGAACUCCUGGUUAAUCAUACUCUAAGAGCACUAGCAGUGGUACCGGUUGUACCUAAGUUUCUUAUAAUUAGCCGUUUGACUAAUAGUAUAAACCACCGUUUAAAAUUAAUAAAUAUACUAAUUACAAAUGGUUUAUAAAUUAUUAAAUUAUAAUAAUGGUUUGAAGCCACUUAUAGCUCAAACUGGUUAGAAGGGCUGGGUGUUGAACUGAUUACCAAGACCAUCUCUAAUGGUUUCCCUCAUUUUUGUUUAAUUAUUUUUCAUACAUAUAGAUCAUAAAAUAAUUUAAAAUUUAUCAAAAAGUGGAAACUAUAGAUUAAUUAAUUAUAAUUUGACUAUUUUGUAAAUAUUUAUAUUUGUGCUUAAGAACGGGAAAGUCACCUAGUGAGUAAUAUAUGAAAAGUUAGAGUAAGUUCACUUAUCGCAAUUGGUUUUAAGUAGGAAGUUCAUGAUAAGUCUGAAUUAAGCAUGGUAUCAGAGUCCGACACACCUUUCCCAACUGAACCGAAAUCGAUCGGGCCCUUUAAAAGAAGGAAAGAUACCCUAUCAAUCCUAAACCGGCCUGGCCCGAAUGUUCAUGCGGUCUGACUGAAUUGAAUCCUAGAUUGGGAUAUUGUCAAGAUUAAUAGUUAUAGGAAACAUCAUCUCGAGGGAGACUAUGAGAAUAUAAGCUCUCACAUCGGGAGUCUAACUGAGACAUGAGAAAUAUCUAAAGGUUUAUAGCCAAUCUAUUUUAUAUAUUAAAACAGAAGUCACAACUUUGAUUCAUGUGUGAU